AUGGCGGGUCGAACGACGAGGAUCAAGGCAAGCAUUCUCUUGGCCAUCGACACGGUCUUUCUCUUAGUUGAGCUCAUCACGGGCUAUGCGGUCGGAUCGCUCGCCCUUGUGGCAGACAGCUUUCAUAUGCUCAAUGAUGGCAAGCGGCACUACUCCUGGCUCUGCUCGCUCAUCGUAGCCCUCUACGCGAUCAAGCUCGCACAACGAUCAGCGGCAGAUAUCGACUCGAAGUACACCUAUGGCUGGCAGCGCGCGGAGAUCUUGGGCGCUCUCAUCAACGGCGUAUUCCUGCUCGCUCUCUGCUUCUCCAUCUUUAUGGAAGCCAUCGAGCGAUUCUUUAACGCCACAGAGGUCGGCUCGCCCAAGCUCGUCGUCAUCGUCGGCUCGCUCGGCCUGCUCAGCAACGUCGUCGGCCUCUUCCUCUUCCACGAGCAUGGGCAUGGUGGCCAUGGCGGUCACACCCAUAGUCCGUCCGAUCAGACAGAGACGCAUGCCAAUGCCUUGGACGCGUCAAACAUCGCCGAGGAAGGUCGCAUGACCAACAGGAGAUCCAGAGCCAUCUCGAUCUCUUCGAGCUCGCGUGAUGAGCAGGACGACAUUGAGAGCGAAUACGACGAGCUGUUCGUCCACCCUGCAGAAGCGAGAGCCAAUGUCGUUCGCCGGGCACAGGGUCAUCGAUAUGGCAGCUCCGUCUCUUCCCAGACAGGGCCUUCCGCCGGCUACGGCGCUAUCAAUACACCGAACAAGCCAAAGCGAUCGAGCAUAAGCUCAAAAUCUCUGGACGAACACUCAUCGGAGCGCGCGCCAUUCCUGCCCUCUCGCACAAAGUCCAAUGGACACGCUCACGGGCACGAUCACGAUCACAGCUCUCCGCAUGUUCACGAGAACGGAGGAGAUGCAGAUGAUGAGGAGGAUCAUGGACACCAACAUGGGCCAAAACCAGCAGGGAGUACAGGACAUUCUCAUGGCAAUAUGAAUAUGCGUGGUGUCUUCCUUCACGUCCUCGGCGAUGCCCUCGGCAAUGUUGGGGUCAUUGUAGCCGGGCUCGUCAUCUGGCUGUCUACAUGGCAAUACCGCUUUUACUUUGACCCUGCCAUAUCCCUCCUGAUCACCUGCAUCAUCUUUGCGAGCGCUUUACCUCUGGUCAAGUCGGCGUCAUUCAUACUCCUGCAAGGGACACCAAGCACAGUGCCCGUCGAUCGCGUGCGAGAUGCCAUCAUGGAAGUACAGGGCGUCGUGUCUGUUCACGAGCUCCACAUCUGGUCUCUGUCAGAAUCUGUACUUGUGGCAUCCGUACACGUCCUUGUCCCUUCGAAGACAGACUAUGUCGAGAUCAGUGACCGAAUUCGGACCGUGCUGCACUCAUAUGGCAUCCACUCGAGCACGAUACAGCCCGAAAUAAUAGGCGAGCAGAGGAUAAGGCCCACAAAGCCAACCGUCGGCCAGCUAGCAACCCUGAGCGAAGUCGAAGCAGUCGACGAUUCAUGCUACGUGCAGUGCGUGUCGGCUGACUGUGCGGACGGAAGCUGCUGUCCACCACCUCAGGCGAGCAAACCAGACCCGGCAUGA